AUGACAGCCCAGCCUUUGGAUUCUGGCUAUGACCCGUCCGACCAGACUUCAACAGGCCCUAAAAUGUUUCGAAAACACAAAUCACUACCGCACCCCUCCAAACAACAGAACCAAGCGCGAAGUGCUUCGGCCGACCGGAGGUCGCCAACGUUUGGACAGCACGACCUCGUUGACGAGACAGCCAAUACUCUGAGAGAGGGCUUGCAGCGAUCCACAUCCCCCGUUUCUCAGUCGAGGCGGGCUCGGGCCGGGCCUGCGAUGCCUCCAACCCCUCCGACUCACUCUCGGACAUCGUCUAGCAGCCACUCCAUCCCGCCUCCGAGCCCGAUUCUUCCCGGUACACCUUCACGCAGCGAGGAGAAGGUUCAUAUUCGUGUCAACCGACCAGCGACGCCACCGAACCCGACGAGCCCCCCGACGCCUGACGAAACCCCACCGCAACACCAUCGCCGCCCCAGGGCUCCUCUACGACCCGUCUUUGGAGAUCGUUCCGUCUCCAAGUCUACUACGGGGUCCCGACCAGAAUCUUUCCGUACGGCGAGAGAAGAGCCUUACUCCUCCUCGGGCGAAGAUGAUUCCAGGUUAACCAUACGGCCGACAUCCUCGGCACGCGCUACCCAAUUAUCCCUUUGUCCGGGCUCAGAUACCAGGACAAAACAAUCGCCACGGUCGUCCAGUCCAGGGAAUGACACUGGCUCCGCAGCCGAGAAAGACUUUACACCGGGAACGAAAGGCGAAUUCAUCACGUUUGACAGGGAAUCGAUAUCAUCGAGUGAACACGAGCAGGACCUGAAUCCUGACCCUGUGUCCCCUCUGAUCCGGAAAUCACGAAAGACUUCUGAGGAGCGCGGAACACAUGACCGAAGACAUUCAGGAGUAUCAUCAAAGUCAAACGUUUCAACUGUGGUGGAGGUAAUGCUGGUGGAUACAACCACGCCGCAUCGUCCACAGACGCUGAGGCAUGUGAAGAAGCGACGAGCCCUGAGGGCUUCGGGUACCGAGUCGUCUCCUAGCAGCUCCCCUCCUAGCUCGUUGGUUAGACUUGAGGACGACACGCGACGACCGCGACCUCGCACCCGUCCGUCGGAUAGACGCCAGGACAGCUAUGCCUCUACUGCGACUCACAACUCAGUCGCGAGUAGCAAAGCCCGCCGCGAGAUAUGGAAAAGCGGUGGAAUUCCCGUGGUUGUUGUUCCAAAUCGACGGUCCUCCCUACAUCCCCCGAAAACUCCAUCCUUGAGAUCAACCAGCAGCCGCAAGACGAACAGGAGUAUGAGCGUCGGCUCGGCGCCACGUAUAAAAGGUUCGACAAGCGGCGACGCGACCCCUGUAUUCACCCGACUAUCCCGGGGAACAAGGGCGCUUUCGGAGUCAGAUCGCUCAGAUCAUAGGACUAUGGAUUAUCCGCCUAUUAUACCAGCUCGGUCAUCGUCGCUCUCGGCGCCGACAAGCCGCAAUAACUCGCGCGCAGGGUCCAUGAUUGGAGAGAGCUUCAAAGCGUGGAAUGAUCCCCAACACUCAUCACAGGCCCAAGGGACCGAGGCGCCUCCAGACACACUUCAGAGGAUGUUUUCGCUCGAGUCGGGCCAGGAGGACCAUCACCUGCACCCAAUAGACUCUCAUGACAAACCCGACAUGGACCAUUACGACCCGUUGGUCAACAGGAAAUCUUCACGGAAGAAUACGCCUUUCUCAGUGGUUUCUUUUGACACCAACGGGACUGCCCCUGAGGUGUCAGAGGCUUUCGCUGUCAGCAUCUUCCCUCACCAAAACUCAUCCAUCCUCAUGGUUGACCAUUCGCCCAAAUCGUUCGAAUCAUCAGACAUUUCCCAGAAAGAUAAGACGACUCCGGAGGGUACACCAGAGAGACCAAAGAUUACUGCCACUGCGCCGGACGCCGAUGAUCCCGUCACGCCUCCGCAGCCUCAUUUUCCGUCAGAUGAUGUGGAUUCUCCCCCGAGGAAUCCGCGGUCCCCUCCUCAACCCCCAGCCAUCCAAUUCAUUCCAGCAACCCCAUCGGGCUUGACGCCAUACGAGGAGAGGCUGGAGAAACUGGGCAACUUUUUUGACGAUGACAUCGAUGAGCCAAAGCCGCGGCGGAGCACCUCCCUGGUUCGUAGAGCUUUUAGUCGGCGACAACGCUCGGAAAGCUGCCCUCCUAAGGCAAGUCGACCCGGGUUCCUCACUCGCACGCUCUCACUCUCCCGCAAUACCCGCCAAGGGCUAGAAGCGGCAAGGGAGAAGGGCAAGACGCCCGCUCAUGCGUAUCCGACCGUGGAAGAUCCUCCUGUCGAGGAGGACAAGCUCCACCCAUUCUGGCGACCGACAUACAGAGACUACGACGAUGACUGGGCGCCAAGUGCGGACGACGAGGACCGAGCCUACAGAUAUCCGCCUAUAGAUAACCGGCCGCGCAGGAGUCUGAGCUCACGCAUGAGGAGGACAUUCGCUAUUCUGCCCCGUCAGGACGGAGACGACUACUACCCAGAGAAUCGUUUUCACGGCACAGAUCGGCGUACCAUUCGGCGGACUCCGAGCGGUAACUUGCGCGUGAUGAAGCGUCGGACGAGCUCCCAAUCCCUGAGACAGAGAAUGGAAUCUUUGCGGCCAUCCACGGCUCCUGGCGGCGACGGCCGUUCCCCGCCCUUUUUGCGUCGCGAGCGUUCUGGGGAACAAGCGGCUUCAUCAGGCAGAAGACGUCGAUUCUCCCUUUCCCACACAGUUGGGGAACUCCAGGAGCUACCCAGGCGGAUGAGCGAACGGAGGAGGGAGAAGAGAACGCGGGAACUACGUCAAAAAAUCAGUCGACCCCAAGAGGUCAGGGACAAUGUUGGGGAGGUGAUCCAGCGGGCCAACCGCCGAGACUCUCAGCAGCAGCCCAACCUUUCCAUCAGCCAUCACUGA